AUGGCUUCCCUUAGAAGCAAAACCACCGAGCACGGUACCGAGCAAGAGGUGAGAAACGCCGCCCUCAAAGGACACGGCACGACACGGGGCCAGUCAUCAAAUAGUCGUAAACGCGCCGCCCCCACCACACCAAACAAUGGCAAUGUUCAUCCAGAUGGACACAUCCCAAUUUCCAAUUUGGACAAAGCAUGGCGCGACUCAGAGGCUUGCUUCACAGACACCAGCCCAGAAGGAUCGAAAAUCACCGUACCGGAAACCGCGGGGCCUGACCGAGACUCACUUCUUCUCUUUCGACUUUUCGGACAUGGUGUGGAAAAGGCUGAUCUCACACUCGACCAAUAUCGGCUCCUCGUUGGCGCCCGCGCCGACUACCAUGCAGGCAUUUCCCUUCACGACAUCAAAAGUCGUCGGAUAGGCACCAAAGUUCGCGCCGUAGCCAGGCUUUCUACGAAAGACGACGUGGGAGGGGAUCUGGCUGAGAUCGAUGCGGAGUGGGCAGCAGCCAAUAGCGCUUUCUCGCCAAUAUUCCAGGAGCUCGAGAGCGUGCCGGUUUGGAACCAGACCCAGGAAGCGCGGCUGGCGGGGGAAGACAGACAGAAUCUCCCAUCUCUCCAACGAGUGCGCCGGGUCGUUCGCUGCGAAUGUGUUGCCGACGAGUUGUGUGCAGAUUGCGAGCAACGCACAGCUGAGUUUCACAAUCGGUAUCCAGAUAUUCCCAAAUAUUCAAAUGAUGACAUCGGCGAGGUGUUGGAUGAGGAUGACUCGGGCCAGGAUGACGAAAAUUGCGAUUUUGAGGAGGUUGUAAACCACAGCGAGGGAGAAGAGAGCGCCGCGAUGUUCGAGGACGAUACGGCAGAGGAGCCAGUAGUCAGCCUCGAAAGGAUAAUCGAUCUUGAAGAGUCGUCAUCUACAAACUCCGAUAUGGAAGAAAGAGCCCAACACCUCGAUUCCGCACCAGCAAUCAUCAGCGAUGGCACACUAUCACGGAAGAGAGUACCCCGCCCAGAAGGCGCAUAUCAUAACGUCAAGAUCUGGUUGAGCGACGAGCAAUGCGCAAUAUUAGUCACCGCCUUUUAUCAAACCGGAGGAAAGGUGCCGGUACGUGUUCUGCAAGAUACUGCUCUCACGGACAUGCAAAUGACUCGGUUUUGGUACCACCAUCUGGCCGCCAACGGAGGCUGCAAAUGUCAUCAAAACAAGCGAGUAAGCGACAAGGCAUACUGGGCAGAAUAUCUGGGCGGCGAAGAAGUUCUGCAGUUUCCGUCUUACGAAGAGAGUCUUGAGUAA